AAAAUCCGUGACCCGGAAGUGCUUUUUUAGUGUUGCUGAAGCGAUGCUUAUUAAGACUCUGAUCUUAUUUUGAACAAUUCAUGGCUUAAUACAUUUCAUACACAGCGAUUAGCUAUAAUUUAACCGCAGAGAUAGCUACACACGAUCACAAUGAACUACAUGCCAGGGACCGCGAGUCUCAUCGAUGACAUAGACAAAAAGCAUCUUGUACUUCUUCGCGAUGGAAGAACCCUAAUUGGGUUUCUUAGAAGCAUCGACCAGUUUGCCAACCUAGUUUUCCAUCAAACAGUCGAGCGCAUCCAUGUGGGCAAGAAGUUUGGGGACAUCCCCAGAGGAAUCUUCAUUGUGAGAGGAGAGAAUGUUGUUUUGCUUGGUGAAAUAGACAUGGAUAAGCCGUGUGACACAGUCUUGCAGCAGGUUUCUAUAGAGGAGAUCCUAGAGGAGCAGCGAUUGCAACAGCAAGCCAAGCAGGAGACAGAGAAAGCCAAGGUGACCGCACUGAAGGACAGAGGCCUAUCCAUCCCCAAGGCAGAUAAUCUUGAUGAAUACUGAAGGCACUUCUGUUCUAUUUUCCUCCGUUAUACUAGACUUCCCAGUUCUAUGUUGAAUAGGGGAUUAUUUUGGCGAUGGGGAGAAGAAUGUGUGGUUUAUAGAUGAAGCAGCGUACCGAUUUCAUUUUGAUAGUGGCUCAUUGGUUCGAAAGCAAGCAAUGAUUUAAGUGAUGCAUUUUUGUUAUAUUUGAUGACUGGCGUAAUGCAGGAAUUGAGGGUAGACCACACAAACUAGAUUGUCUGCAAGACUACAUUUGAUGCGAUAAAUCAAUUAAAUAUGAUUUUCAGACCACCAAACGUAUAACUUGUCAAUAGUACAUAACGAUGGAUUCUUUAUGUUUGUGUAAACAGACUUAAACUGUAAUGGUAAGAUUUGUUUUCCAUUAAAGUGUUUAUUUUAAUACUGAGGCCCACUUUGUAGAAAUUGUAACAGGACUGUUCUACUUCAUCAAGCACUACAGUUUGGGUUCAUUCCUCCAGGCAACCGUUUUAACACAGAUUCUCUGGACGAUGUUUACUGUGGCACAGGUUGCAACUGAGCUACGACACUUCCUCACCAGUUGCGUUUCAAUUAGCUCAGGAAGUGUUAUAGUUCAGGUGCAAGCUGUGCCACAGUAAACCUCUUCAGCUGAGUCUGUGGGAAAACAGUGUACAUACAGUAAGGGUAGCUUUUGUACAUGGAGUUGAUAUGAAAGUAGACUGUUUAAGGUUCCCACAAUCAAGGUUCAAUUGACAUUGUGUGGGUCAAACAAAACGCCCUAAUUGGUUGACAAUGGAGCCACCCACAAUGCAGGCCUUGUCUAAAGGGUAUGGGAAAACUGAGACAUGAACACGGAUGCAAUCAUAUGACAUGCAUCAUUGUCCAUUUUUGUCCGUUAAAAAUACAACUCAUCUCCACAUUUUUCGGAUGUGUUCAGUCUAGUUGCAUACUUAAAAAGAUGGACAAUUUGUGAAUAUUUGGUCAGGAACUCUGUGUCAUUUAUCUGGUAACAGAAGACUCCUAUUUGAAAAAGAAUUGUGUCCAUAUGGAAUUUUCAUACACAACAUUGUAAUGUGGCCAUGGCCUAAUGCAACACACAUUGAAAGUUGGUGAUCAACGAUGGCCACCGACUGCAGAGAUCUGAUCUGCUCGAACACGCCCAGUAGUUGAGUUCCUUUCAACUUUCAAGCAUGUGGUACAUUGACUGAAUUUGGAUCAUAUUUGGAUCCCUUGUCAUCUUUGUGUUAUUAGGCCUGCUGAUGUUUUAGUUUUUUUUUUAUACCAUACUGUUCAAUAGUUUCUCCUGUUAUGAAUGGAAGGGGAAAAAGGAAGGGAGUGGAGGUCAUACAAACACUCCCCCUAGUGUCCCAGGUGAUGGUGCCAAAUUCCCCAAAUAACUAAUAACUACACUGAACAAAAAUAUAUACACAUGUAGAGUAUAUUAAAGUGUAUUUCUCUGAAUUGUUCACAAAUUUGUUUACAUCCCUGUUUGUGAGCAUUUCUCCUUUGCCAAGAUAAAGUGUUGGUCCCAUGUUUCAUGAGCUGAAAUAAAAGAUCCAAGAAAUGUUCCAUAUGCACAAAAAACGUA